AUGGUUCGAAGGAGUGGUAUAGGAAGUACUGCGGUUCCUUCAAGUUCUACAAAGAAAGGGACGUCGCGAAAAUCGCUUACUCCAACCAGAAAAUCGCCCUCUAACGAGCCGCCCUCAAUUGUGGGGACCCCCCCUUCAAGAGUUGCCAGGAAAUAUCCAUCAAACAGGAUAUUAUCCCAACCAAUUUCAGCAACAAAAAGCAUCCCAUCUCUAUCAUCGGCCGCAGCUACAGAUGAUGUACGAAAGAGCCGCAGAUACAGGCCAGGUACCUUUGCGCUUCGAGAGAUCAGACACUACCAAAAAACAACAGACUUAUUAUUGAGGAAACUUCCGUUUGCCAGACUUGUACGGGAAAUAGCGACCGAUUUUGUUACCGUCGAGUUCAGAGAUGGCGUUGGGCUCCGUUGGCAAGGGCAAGCCCUGCUUGCCCUGCAGGAGGCUGCAGAGGCGUUUCUAACUCAUUUAUUUGAAGAUGCGUAUGAUUUCUUUUUAAUUGUAGCAACCUAUGUGCCAUACACGCCAAGCGGGUCACCGUCAUGA